AUGGACGAAGACGAAGACUAUUACGAGAGCUUGUAUGAGAAUGGCCAUUGGGCAUGGAGUGAUGAGGAUGGACAGCUGCAUGAUUUGCCCGAAUCACAAAAAAGCUACGAUUUACUACCCACUUCGGUUGCUAAUCUUGAAUUUAAAGAUGACGUGGACUUAUUAGAACAGCAAAGGUUUCGAAAGUACUUGCAAAGAAAAACGGAAGAGAUCGACUUUGUUACACUUCAGGAUGUGAAAGAUAUUGUACUAUUCACCGCACCAACAACAAUAUUGUCUCCAUCACUAAUAUGCUUGUUGCAUAACGCUACUAUGGAAAGAUUCCUGAGAUCAUUGAUAUUAUUUGUCCAAUGUUACUUGCAGAUUUCAGAUGAAAUGAGCAACCGUACACUGGAAUUAGAAAUGAAAGUUCGCACCGAGAAUAGUGAUAAAAUAGAAUUGAAAUUCCGUGAAGAUCUAGAAGAUUUACGACUACUUGUCGCAAAGGAAUAUUGCAUCAUUAUUCUAGGUGAAGGAAGUUUAGCGAAGUAUCACCAUAUGGGCGUGAAUAAACGACGAUCUCUAUCGAAAAAGGACGCAGUGUUUUUUGAAACACUUGUUCGAGUUUCAAUACAGAUUGUUUGGAUAGCUGUUGGAAGGAAAAGUUAUAAUCAAAUCGACGUUGAAGUGAAUCGCCUCUUCAAAUCUGAAAUAUUUAACUCAACAGCCCAUAAGUUCAAAAUAAAUCGCUAUAAACACAUGAAUUCAAGAGAGCGACGUGUCUUAUUGGGCCACUGUUUAGACCAAGGGCAGAAACUCAAUACGAGAUCGCCACUGAGCAACGAGAUAUUCUGCCAUCGCGACGUUGAUUUUCGUCAAUUCGGUCUUGGAACUGUAAAAUAUCCCGGAUUAAGUCGCCGUUUACUUACCUUCGAAAUACUUUUAACGCAACCUGAAAAGAGGUUAGCGGAGUUAGGACUCUCACUCGGUAUUUUGGGUCUACCACGGUCAAGGUUCGAUAUUAUGUUGCGGGAAAUAAAAACUUCACUUACGGGUGCCAGUUCAUCUUCAGCCUUCUCUCGACACUCUAUAGCACACAGGGCAUCAAGACAGUCACGUAUGUCAGGCAAGAGUGUCGCCUCUGCAGUUCCAGAGAAACUGUACCCGGACCUAUACCUUCCGGAGAAAAGCGAAAUCACGACCGAGUACGACUCUUUUCCGAAAGGUGAAAAGUCCCAAAUAAUAUGCAACAAGGGACAACGCUCAAGAUGGCUGAAGUUCGUCGCGAUACGGAGAAAAAAUAAAAUGGCUGUAAAAAAGUAA